AUGUCCGACGGCCUGUUGAAGCCCGAGAAGGACUUCUCCAAGGACGCCGACAAGCUUAUCCCGGAAGCAGAGGCCCUCGCAAAGUCUGAUGUCCAGGGUGCGAUCGACAAGUUGCUGGUGUUGGAGAAACAAGCACGCCAGGCCUCAGAUCUCGCCACUACAUCCCGUCUCCUGAUCGCCAUCGUUACCAUUAGCAAGAACUCCGGCGACUGGAACCUGCUUAAUGACCAAGUGCUCCUCCUCUCCAAGAAACAUGCCCAGCUCAAACAGGCGACGACGCGGAUGGUGCAGGCGGUGAUGAAGUUCCUGGAUGAUACUCCCAACAUGGAUGUGAAGCUCUCCGUGAUUGAGACCCUCCGAACGGUAACCGAAGGAAAGAUUUUCGUCGAAGUUGAGCGCGCUCGUGUGACCCGGAUCUUGUCGAAUAUCAAGAAAUCGCAGGGCGACCUCAAUGCCGCAGCUGACAUCCUUUGCGAGCUGCAAGUGGAGACAUUCGGAUCGAUGACCCGAAGGGAAAAGACCGAAUUUAUCCUAGAGCAAGUUGGAUUAUGUAUUGAGCGGGGAGACUGGACACAGGCCUCAAUCCUCAUUCGCAAGAUCAACAAGCGGUAUUUCAACCGCAAACCAAAGAAGAGUGCCGAGGAGAUCGAGAAGCUCAAGAAGCAGGCAGAGGAACGAGAGAAGACCCGUGGCCCUGAUGAGCCUCCGAUGGAGGUGGAUGAUGAUGUGACCGAUCUCAAGCUGCGUUACUAUGACCAGCAGAUUAUCCUCGCCAACCACGACUACAAAUAUCUCGAUGUUUGCAAGCACUAUAGAGAAGUCCUGGAUACCGAGGCUGUGGAGAAAAACCCAACCCAGCUGAGUGCGUCCCUGGCGCGCAUCGUCUAUUAUAUCGUCCUGUCCCCGUACGACAAUGAGCAGUCAGAUCUGCUUCACCGCAUCCAACAAGACUCCCGACUGUCUCAGGUUCCCGAGGAGGCACGAUUGCUGAAGCUUUUUACCAUCCCUGAGCUGAUGCGUUGGCCCAUGGUCGCGGAGCAGUUCGGUCCGCAUCUCUGCGGAACUGAUGUCUUUGAUUCUCAGGCUCAACAGUCCACAGAGAACCAGGCGCAUCGACGGUGGGAAGACCUUCGGAAGCGGGUUAUUGAGCACAAUGUGCGCGUGGUGGCUAAGUACUACACCCGUAUCCAGAUGGGUCGGUUGACCCAGCUUCUGGACCUAACCGAGGAAGAGACGGAGAAGUACAUCAGCGAGCUGGUCACUUCCAAGACCAUCUAUGCCAAGAUUGACCGACCCGCACGACUUGUCAAUUUCGCCAAGCCCCGGGAUGCGGACGAUGUGCUCAACGAGUGGAGCAGUGAUAUGAAGAGCCUUCUUGGUCUUCUGGAGCGAAUCGAUCAUCUGAUCACCAAGGAGGAGAUGAUGGCUCGUAUCCUGCCAUCUCGUGGAGAUAAGGCCAAGGCCCGUUAA